AUGUAUCAAAAGUUCCACAUCGGACAACAAACCGAUACAUAUGCUCACACCCUCGACGUCUCCAAGUUCCCCAGCAUUGAGCAACUCAGAGCGACCUUGGCUGAAGUUUUUGGAUUUGCCGAUGCAAAGACAUUAUGGCUUGUCGACGAAAAUGGCAACCCGUUAUCGGAUCUCCAGAGCGUGGCUACGACGACAGACAAUGUCGAAGUGCGAGCGACAGCGCAUGAGUCCAUCCGCGAGCCUCCCGGGCCUCGCGUUAUCCCGUUCGUUGGCAACCGCUACGAGCUGUAUCCAGACAUUCUCGGAAACUACGACCGCUUAUUCUCGCUCUACGGGCCAAUGAUCAAGACGGUCAAUAUGGGAACCACCAUCUACCACACAAACGACCCCGCCAUUGCCCGCCACGUGCUGCGCGAGGAUCACCUCUUCACCAAGACCACGUCCGACCCAUCACACCCGUUGCACUACAUGGCGGACCAGGACUGCCUGUUUACUUGCGACAGCGCAUCUCCAGCUUUUGCGCCGAGCCACAAAUUUGUGCCUCCCACGAUGUCGCCACGAGCUAUCGCCCACUUUUUGCCACUGAUUCAGGAUGCGGCUCAAUCCAUCUUUCCGGCAUUCGAUCACUUGGCCGACGCGAAUCUCGCAAUCAAUGUCUACCAGUACAUGUUCAAGCUCGCCGCUCAGAUUGUCUGGCGAGUCAUGCUCAAUCAGGACCUGAAGCAUUUUGAGUCGCCCAAGACGCCGCCGUCGUUUCCCGUUCGGCUCUUUGGCCAGUACCUCUCGCUGAUGAAGAAAUCGUCCAUGCGGCCGCAGUGGAUCAAAUAUCUUCCCUUUGGCGAUACCGUCAAAUUGAAAAGUGUCCGCCAGCAAGUGCUGGAUACAACCGAAGAGGCCAUGAAGGCGAGCGUGCAAGCGGACGGUCCUCCCCUCAGUUUAUCCGAGCCCACUGCCAUUCAGAGCGCUACCUGCGUGGCUGACUUCUUGUACCGUGCGCGCGACAAGCAGGGCAAAGGGCUCCCGUAUGAGCUGGUUCUCGGCAAUGUGGUAGUGAGCUGUGGUGCGGGGUUCACCACCAGUUCAUCUCUGCUCUCCUGGGCUCUGUAUUCCGUCGUGCGGUAUCCUGGUAACCAGCAACGACUCUUCGAGGAGAUCAGCAGCCACCGUAGUAGUAACGAUGGCCGAUGGACCUACGAUGACAUCCAUGGGAUGAAGUUUCUCGACUGCUUCGUCAAAGAGGUUCUGCGUCUUCAUAGCCCCAGCUUCCAGACAGCACGCAACGCAAAACAAGAUGCGGUCCUGCCCGGUGGGUACCUGAUCCCCAAGGGUUCCAUUGUCAUUGCCUGCUUUCCGAGUUUACACAAGAACCCAGCCCAUUGGGAGAAUCCGCAGCGUUUUGACCCGCACCGGUGGGCGCAGCAAGGUCUUGCGACGCAAAUGGCUCGCCAAGGGUCAUACACUCCAUUUGCAGCAGGGGCUCGCGGCUGUGUGGGCUUCAAUUUGGCGCUGACCCAGGUCAAGAUAGUUCUGGUCGAGUUGGUCUACCGAUACGAAUUUGACGACUCGUCACCGGAGACAGUCGUGUACGAUCCCGAGUUCUUGGUCGUGAGGCCCUUGAAUUUCUACGCGGGAAUAACGAGGCGCAUGCAUCCAGAUUAA